UGCAAUUACUGCAUUAUUGCAUUAAAAGUGAAAAACUGGAAGCUUCAAAAUGUUACUAAACCUGAUACUUGUAAAUGUAUUUGGUAUAGUCUUAAUAUCGACGUUGUCCGAAUCGAAAAUCAUGACCAAAUGCGAAGUCGCCAAGGCUCUAAGACAAAAAGGAGUACCGGAAAAGGAAGUACCGACUUGGGUGUGCAUCGCGAAUGCCGAAUCACGUUUCGACACGCACGCAGUCAAUCGCAAAACUUGGGACUAUGGCAUAUUCCAGAUCAGCUCGCUCUAUUGGUGCCAAUCUGGCGAUAAACCUGGCAAAGGAUGCAAUCUGAGUUGCAACAGUUUACUUCACGACAACAUCUCGACCGACAUCGAUUGUAUACGUAAAGUAUACGCCGAAACUGAAGCCAUUGGACAACGUCCAGGUUUCAAAGCCUGGACCACCUGGAAACCACAUUGCUCCGGCGAUAAUCGUCAGUGGGUGCAGGGAUGUUAAUAAUUAG